CAAAUGGAAGACCUAGACGAUGCCGGAGAGAAGUCAAGCUUCGUCGUCGGCCUCAUCGAGAACAGAGCCAAGGAGGUUGGAGUGGCUGCUAUUGACUUGAGGUCUGCUUCUCUGCAUCUCUCUCAGUACAUUGAGACAAGUAGCUCCUACCAGAAUACAAAGACCAUACUGCAGUUCUACGAUCCUAUGGUCAUUAUUGUUCCUCCAAAUAAGCUGGCAGCUGAUGGUAUGGUUGGUAUCUCAGAAUUGGUUGAUAAAUUUUGCACAUCAACAAGAAAGGUUAUAGUGUCUCGAAGUUACUUUGAUGACACCAGGGGGGCUGUGCUGGUAAAAAAUUUAGCUGCCAAAGAACCAUCUGCUCUUGGUUUGGAUACCUACUACAAACAAUAUUAUCUUUGCUUCGGUGCAGCUGCUGCGACUGUCAAAUGGACUGAAGCAGAAAAGGGAGUGAUCAUCACAAACCACUCAUUGUCGGUUACCUUUAAUGGAUCAUUUGGUCACAUGAAUAUUGACACGACUAGUGUCCAGAAUUUGGAAAUCAUUGAGCCUCUGCAGUCCACCCUCUGUGGUACAAACAACAGAAAGAGAAGCUUGUUUCAGAUGCUAAAGGCAACAAGAAUAGUUGGAGGGACUAGACUUCUGCGAGCCAAUCUUUUGCAGCCUCCGAAAGAUAUUGAAACUAUCAAUGCUCGACUUGAUUGCCUGGAUGAGCUUAUGAGCAACGAGCAGCUGUUCUUUGGCUUGUCCCAGGCUCUUCGGAAGUUUCCCAAAGAGACAGAUAGGGUCCUUUGCCACUUCUGCUUUAAGCCAAAGAAAGUUACUAAUGGAGUGCUGGCCAUUGACAAUGCAAGAAAGAGUCAAAUAUUGAUAUCAAGUAUUAUCCUACUCAAAACAGCUCUUGAUGCAUUACCACUACUCUCGAAGGUCCUUAAGGAUGCCAAGUGUUUUCUACUGACAAAUAUUUACAAGUCUGUUUGUGAGAAUGAAAAAUAUGCUUCCAUAAGGAAAAGAAUUGGGGAGGUGAUUGAUGAAGAUGUGCUUCAUACCCGUGUUCCUUUUGUUGCACGAACACAGCAGUGUUUUGCUGUCAAGGCAGGAAUUGAUGGACUUCUGGAUAUUGCAAGGAGAUCUUUCUGUGACACCAGUGAAGCUAUACACAACCUUGCAAACAAGUAUCGUGAAGAUUAUAAGCUACCAAAUCUGAAAAUCCCUUUCAACAAUCGACAAGGGUUUUACUUUAGCAUUCCACAAAAGGACAUCAACGGAAAACUUCCAAGCAAAUUCAUACAGGUCGUGAAGCAUGGAAAUAAUAUCCAUUGUUCUACUUUGGAACUUGCUUCUUUGAAUGUAAGGAACAAGUCUGCAGCUAAAGAAUGCUAUACAAGGACAGAGCUUUGCCUGGAAGAAUUGAUGGAUGCCAUACGUCAAGAUGUAUCUGUGCUUACCCUUCUUGCAGAGGUCUUAUGCCUCUUGGAUAUGAUAGUUAACUCAUUUGCUAACAUGAUAUCGACUAAGCCUGUUGAUCAAUAUACUAGACCUCAAUUUAGUUAUGAUGGCCCGCUAGCAAUUGAUAGUGGAAGGCACCCUAUCCUAGAAAGCAUCCAUAAUGAGUUCAUUCCUAACAAUAUCUUCCUUUCUGAAGCAUCAAACAUGGUAAUUGUUAUGGGCCCAAACAUGAGCGGAAAGAGUACAUACCUUCAACAAAUUUGUUUGAUAAUAAUCCUCGCGCAAAUUGGUUGCUACAUCCCUGCCCGCUUUGCUACUGUGAGGAUAGUUGAUCGCAUAUUUACAAGGAUGGGAACCAUGGACAACCUUGAAUCAAACUCUAGCACGUUUAUGAUGGAGAUGAAAGAGACCGCCUUUAUUAUGCAGAAUGUCUCCCCUAGGAGUCUGAUUGUUAUGGAUGAACUGGGGAGAGCGACUUCUUCCAGUGAUGGAUUUGCAAUUGCAUGGAGCUGUUGUGAGCACCUGUUAUCAGUGAAAGCGUAUACCAUAUUUGCUACUCAUAUGGAGAACUUAUCAGAACUUGCCACCAUUUACCCAAACGUAAAAAUUCUUCACUUUCAUGUUGACAUAAAAAACAACCGUAUGGAUUUCAAGUUUCAACUAAAAGAUGGACCACGACAUGUACCACAUUAUGGGCUGAAAUUAGCAGGAGUAGCUGGAUUACCUAGUUCAGUGAUUGAAACUGCCAAAAGCAUCACCGCAAAGAUUACAGAGAAGGAAGUCAGAAGAAUGAAAAUAAAUUCUCUACAAUACAAUGACAUCCAAAUGGUUUACCGCGUAGCUCAACGCUUGAUGUGUUUGAAAUAUUCGAAUCAAGAUGAAGAUUCAAUCCGAGAAGCAUUGCAAGGCCUCAAGGAGAGCAUCCUCAAUGGAAGCCUAUAGUUGCUUUCUCCCAUGUAUUGGUAGGUGCUUUCAAAUCUUAACUAGUACAAUUAGAAAGGUUAUUCGAAUUUUCUUCUUGUCAACUUUUACUGAAAACACUUGAUACUCACAA